AUGGACUUGUUCUGGCUCCACUACAACAGGUCCAUGAAUUUGGUGGACAAAGAACUUUUCUACAAAGCUCGGAACAGUGGAGACACACAAUUCUACUCGGAUCUCUUGCACACGUCGAUGCUAGCUAUGGGGUUUCGCUUUGGAGACACAAGCCGCGAUGAUAUCCGAGGACUGCAGCACGGUGUCAAAUCGAGCCUGAUCCACCGAUCAUUAAGGCUUCUGGUCGAGUAUGGCUGCGUGAAAUUGGAUGCCUCACCCUCCAGCAUUCACUUCCUGUUGAUUCUGGGAGAUCUGGAAUUCGGAGUGGGCAAAACAGGUUCAGCCUGGUUCUAUUGCGGAUUUGCCUCCCUUUUGCUCCGCCAUGGACUCCACAAAGAACCUUCAGGGACGCAACUGCUACACUCAGACGAAUGUCAAGCCCUCCUUGCAACAAUCGUGGCAUGCACAGCCUAUGACUGGUUGUUUUCCAGAUGGCUCGACCGGCCAACCAAUCUCAGGGUGAGCGAUCUGGAAUGCUUGCAUGCGACGAUGAAGGGGCAUUUUAGUGAGCUAGCAUCAUUGCCAUUGCCACCAACACCCAGCCCGCCCGAGAGCACGAUUGAGGAACUCGGCCGCAAGACCCUGCUUGACCUGUUGCUGUUUACCAACAAGGUCUUGGAGCUCAUGGAAUGCGCCCCGUCCACGACCCUCUAUCUGUCAGCAAUCAGCAUGGAAAACGAACUUGAAAAAUACUGGUCGGAUUGCCUUGUGCCGGAGUUGAGGUGGACGGGAAACACAGCCAGUGUAGCAUCGCCGACCUUUUAUCUUAUGCAGUAA